UAGUCACAGAAGAAGUUUUCCACACAAUAUUCAACAAAUUCUUUCCUCUGGGAGCAAACAUGAGCGCAUAUUCUCAUUACGUGUUCUCUGCACUGGAUGUUCAAGAAACAGGGGUCAUUACUUUUCAGGAUUUUGCUUUGGGAUUAUCCAUACUUGUGAAGGGGACUCAAGAAGACAAACUAAGAUGGACAUUUGAUUUGUAUGAUUUAAACGGAGACGGAGUUAUUACCAAAGAUGAGAUGGAAGAUAUAAUAGCUUCGGUGUAUGAUCUGAUGGGGCGGCCAGAAAAGGAGACAAAGGGUGUUCCUGAGAUAGAUGAAUUUGUUACCCAACGUGUCAACAAAGUAUUUCAGAGGAUGGAUUUGAACGGAGACGGGUCAGUAUCAUUUGAAGAGUUUCUGGAAAGCUGUUUAGAAGAUGAUCAAGUUUCUGGAUCCCUGGCUUCGUGUACAAAUGUAGUUAUCUAAUCUUUUCAUGUCCGUCGUCAUGUACCGUUUAUGUUCAUGUUAUGUAUAUAUGUAAAAGCAUGCAAAAUGUACCCUGAAUAUAAUAAACAAAACAAAACAGAAUCAAAAACAAAAUUGUGAAAAAAUAUAAAGGAAAAAUGAUUUUUGAAAGUUUUUAAUCUAUAUUUUUCAAAACUCAUUGAUUAAAUAAACUUUCAAUUUCCUGUUUCUUCUUCCACGGAAAUAAACUUGUAAGAUUA